CCUUGCUCUCUGUGUUUGCACAAUUGUCUCACACAGUUCUAACAAAUUCAACACUGUAAUCUUUAGCUAAACAGUUUCUUGAAUCUACCAUGAAACAAAGACGGCCGGCCUUUGUACAAGAAUAAGUUCAAGUCUGUUGUUCCCCUUAGAGUAGUUAAAACUGUUCAACUUUGAUUCCAUAAGGCCAUAUAUUUGUUUACCUAUGCUUACAUCAAAACGAGAAUCACUAGAUAGGGAUAUAGUGAUUUCGAGAGGCAGUGGAGAUGGAGAGGAUGAUAAACCCUCAUCAAGUUUAGGUAAACCUAAAAGUAUUCAUCCUCCCAUUGAAAGCCAUUGGCAUUUCCCUGCGCCUCAAGAUAGCAAAAAGCCUUCAUCUUCAAUGUCGAACUUGGGAUUCAAAAAGUUCCGUGAGUCGUUCAAGAAACUUGGAGGGAGUAGUAGCAAGAGCAUGAAAAUGGUUCUUGCAGGAGUUCGUGAUCCGAAAGAUCAAAAGCUUGUUGACUCUUUUCGAGAACUGCUGUUCCUCGAGGGUCAGCUUCCUUCACAGCACCAGGAUUAUCAUACACUCUUGCGGUUUCUUCGAAUGAGGGACUUUGAUCUUGCUAAAGCAAAAGAGGCCUUCUUUACUUAUCUCAAGUGGCGUGAGGAUUAUAGGGUUGACGCAAUUCCAAAAGAGUUCAAGUUUGAGGAAUAUGAGGCAGUUAAGAAGUGCUAUCCUCAUGGAUUCCACGGGGUAGACCGAUAUGGUAGACCAAUAUACAUCGAAAGGAUUGGGAUGGUAGACCUUAACAAGCUACUGCAAGUAACUACACUUGAAAGAUUUACAAAGUAUCAUGUGUCAGAACAAGAGAAAACAUUGAAUGUGAGAUACCCUACAUGCUCCAUUGCAGCUAAGAAGCACGUAGCAUCUACAACAAGUAUCUUAGAUGUGCAUGGAGUGGGAUUGGCAAAUUUCUCGAAGCCUGCUCGAUAUCUCUUUAUGGAAAUUCAGAAGAUUGAUAGCAAUUACUACCCAGAGACUCUAAAUCGCCUGUUUAUUGUGAAUGCUGGAAAUGGGUUUAAGAUGCUGUGGAAAGCAGUGGCAGCUUUCCUUGAUGCACGAACAUUAGCAAAGAUUCGAGUGCUGGGAUACAAUUAUCAGAGUGACUUGCUUGAAGUAAUUGAUCAAAGUAAUUUGCCGACAUUUCUGGGUGGAAGCUGCACUUGUUCUGAAUAUGGGGGCUGCCUUUUAAGUGACAGAGGACCCUGGAACAAUCCGGAGAUUACAGAUGUGCUUCAGGCAAUCUCUGCAGGCAAUGAGGUAAACGGUAAUGAAGAAUACAGUAAUGAGGCUUCAGAAGAGCCGCCGAUGCAAAAUAGGAAAAUCCAAGUUUUAGAAGCAGCACUUCAAGACGCCAAGAAAAAAAUUGAAGCAUUAGAAGUUGCACUUGAGGACACCAAGAAUGUCUUGAAAGAACUUGUGCAGCAUGUAGAAGAGUUGAGAUCAACUUCUUGGGAAGUACAUUGCGCUUCAAAUUAGCAAAAUAACUGUGUACAUUUUCUACGCAUAAACUAAAAACUUCCAUUUUAGUUAAUGGCCUGUAUAUCAAUGGCCUUGUUCUGUUCAAAGUGCCUGGACUAAUGUUCAUGUAACCUAGAGUCGUGCAUAAUAAUUACUUCACCAAAGUGAACAAACACGAUCAUCACAUUUGAUUAUGUUGAAAUAGUAGCAAUUGCUACAAG